CUCAAUAAAGUAAUAUUAGAGAGGUACUACUAGAGUACUAUAAUAUAUCUCCGAAGACAAUUCUCAAGUAUGCCGUUUCUAUCACUCUUCAAUUUCCCGCAAAAAACUGAUCCAUUGACAUGAAGCUGAAGAUCUCAGACUAAGUUUACCCGACAACGACAAGAUUUCUGCUUUCAUCUUUGUCUGAGAUCUUUACAGAUUUCUGCUUUAAGUUCCACUACCAAUCAGAAUUAGGUGAACUUCUUUGCAAUAUACUAAGUUGCAGCCAUCAUUUUUGAGGGCAAAUGAUCAUGCUUACUUGUUCUAAUGAAAGUCUUGGAUUCUGUUAGCUCUGAGAAAGAUAAAUAUAUUUGCCAUGGGCGUAAGCUACUUGUCAGUUUCAGCAUUCUGCACUGUUCUGAGCUAUGUCGGACUCCAGUGUUGGAUGGGAAUUUCGGUUGAGAAACUAAAAUCAGAUGGGCUCAUUGGGGAGAGCAUUAUCAACUUUGGGAAUGAAAGCCGUGCACUAGAGAACCUUUUAGGUUCACAUACAACAAUUGCUCUGGGAGCCAAUUUUGCAGUCAACGUAUUUAUACUGCUAGUUUUGUUUCUUAAGACUAUAUUCUUUGGAGAUUUGCACUCGUCAGAAAUCCGAAAGCUGGCUGAGCGUCUUAUCAAUUAUGUUAUUUCCAAGGGAACUUUUCUUCCGUUGGUUGUUCCACCUACGCUGUAUCAAGCAGGCCUGUGGUCAACGUGGCUAGCUGUUCUUUGCUUUUUAAAGAUGUUUCAAGCUUUAGCUAGGGAUCGACUUGAACGAUUGAAUGCCUCUCCUUCAGCUACUCCCUGGUCAUAUUUCCGGGUGUAUUCUGCCUUAUUGCUGGUUCUCUCAGCCAACUUACUCUGGAUGAGGGCGUGCCUGAUUGUAUAUAAAACAAUAAGUUCAUCCCUGUUUUUGUUAUUGUUCUUUGAGCCUCUUAGCAUAGCAUUUGAGACGCUACAGGCUAUUCUUGUUCAUGGAUUUCAGCUGCUUGACAUAUAUAUCCAUGACUCAGCAAAUGAUAUUUCAAAUAGUAGAAUAUCCAAGCUCUUUGACAUAUCUGCUGCAGGCUCAUUUGGGGAAUGGAAAGGCGUUCUUAUUCGGAAUAUGGGUUUUCUCCUGGACAUGAUGACUCUGUUGAUGGCCCUCGCUCAUUAUGUGCACAUUUGGUGGCUUCAUGGCAUGGCAUUUCACCUUGUGGAUGCAAUUCUUUUCCUAAAUAUCCGUGCUUUAUUAAGUGCCAUUGUAAAACGGGUCAAAGGGUUUAUUAAACUAAGAAUAGCAUUGGGAACUCUUCAUGGUGCACUUCCUGAUGCAACUUUGGAAGAGCUACAAACUUAUGAUGAUGAAUGUGCCAUUUGCAGGGAACCGAUGGCAAAGGCGAAAAAACUAUCUUGUAAUCAUCUUUUCCAUCUUGCAUGCUUGAGAUCUUGGUUGGAUCAAGGCUUAACUGAAAAUUAUUCAUGUCCCACUUGCCGGAAGCCGUUGUUUAUAGGAAGAAGCGAGAAUGAGGUAAAUCCUCAAACCGUAGAUGUUCGGGGUGAUGAGCUGCUUGCUCGUGAGAUGAGUAUGGGACUUGAUCAGUUGAAUCUUCCUGGUCAUGCACUUCAAAAUGAAGCUUCCCGUAAUCAAAUGCACAAUCCUCUUGAAAGUAGUGAUUGGAGGUCUGUUUUCUUGUAUCAUAGUCGGUGAUUGCUUCUUACCCAU